CACGAACGUGUUUUGGUCACGUGGUUGCGGGGUGGGGUCAACAGGUAGGUGCGUGGCGUGAGUUUUUCCGUUUAAAGGGCAAAGUUGUUCCUGCAGGUUGUCACUGCUAUUGUGUGCUCCCAAGACAACAUGGAUUUCGAUUUGGCUUCAGCGGUAGGUAAAGAUGAUCAGGUGAAAAAGGAUGAUGCCUCUGGCCAGGAACAGAACGCCCUCUUUGGAUGGGGGAAGAAGAAGGACAAAGAUGGGGAUAAGGACAAGAGUGCAUCCAAGGACAAAGACAAAUCAAAGGACCGCAAGGACAGUGACAAAUCAAAGGACCAUAGGGUGGACAAAGACAAGUCUAACGAACAUAAGGACAAGAAACAUGGUGACAAGAAGGACAAAGGUCAUAAGAAGAAGAAAGACAAGAAGCCCAAAGAGCAUAAGGACAAAGACGAUGGGCAUGGGUCCUCUUCUUCUUCCUCGUCCAGCAGCGAUGAGGAUGAAGGCAAGAAGACCCAUCACUGAUUCUGGUGCUGUGAGGAGGUGCUACCGCCAGUUAACCCUGAUCUCAAUGUUUUCUACUGCAGUGUUGAUGCAUGAUAUUUACUGUGUACGGUUUCCUUGUUGUUCCUAAUUUAUAUUUUGAUGUGCCAGACUGUAAAGUAGUGUGUUUUACAACCGAACAUUAAAUAACACGACAACCAGGA